AUGAGGGGACACGACGAGAGAGAGAGUUCUGACAACCCAGGAAUUUUCAGGGGCCUGGUGGACCUAUUGGCUUCAAUCGAUCAGGACCUGAGGCAGCACCUGGACAACGCCACCGUGUUCAAAGGUACAUCCAAAACUGUACAAAACGAACUGUUGGACUGUAUGCUGGCAGUCCUUAAAGAAAGAAUAAUCGAAGAGGUUACAACUGCGCGGUACGUAGCUAUCCAGGCAGACGAGACCACUGACGUAUCCACUCAUUGUCAGCUUGUUCUAGUACUACGCUACAUCGACAACGAGCAUAACGUACAAGAACGUUUUUUUUUCGAGUUCAUGAAGCUGGAAAGGGCAUGUGCGGAUGUGAUAUCGGAUGCUUUGCUGGAGAGGCUGCGCACUAUUCUUCCCGAGGGCCAGGGUGGAAAGUUGAUUGCCCAGGCCUAUGAUGGGGCCGCUGUGAUGAGGGGAGCCACUGGCGGAGUGCAGCGCAAGGUGCAAGACAUCUACCCUACCGCGCAUUACACCCACUGUUACGCCCAUCAACUCAACCUUGUCAUGCAGAAAGCAACUUCUCACAUUCCCCAGAUAAGUCACUUCUUUUCAGAUAUGGGGGGAUUCGCUUCUUUUUUUACCAAGUCGACCAAGAGAACAGCUGUGCUUGAUGAAAUGGUGGCCCACAGACUUCCGAGUGCCUCGUCAACACGCUGGAACUUUAACAGUCGUGCAGUGAACACUGUGUACGAGCACAAGGAUGACCUGGUCAGGUGUUUUCAGACCAUCCGCAACAGCGACGCUUUUGAUGGACAGACAAACAGAGAAGCCGGUGGGUUUGUCCGUAUGCUGGAAGACGACUCAUUCUGUUUCUUCCUCAACCUCUUCCACAAGAUUAUGCCACAUGUCGAUAUCUUGUACAGCCAGCUACAGAGGAGAAACUGUGACUCCAUCUACAUCGGAGGGGCCAUGCAGGCAUUCAUUCGCCGCAUGCAGAAUAUCAGGGAUGCUGUCCCUUUCUUGGUUGGGGAUGAGGAGUACAGGGGACCUGUUCAGGAACCAGCCCCAAAGAGACGGAGAACGUUGGAAGAGGACAGACAGCACCGUUUGGCAGAGGAGGUGUGUGACACCAUUAUGACCCAUGCCACAGAGAGAUUUGCCUUCACCAAACACCUUGUCAGCGCCACUUUGUUGCAAGGAGACCUCUUCCAACAGCACAGGAGAAAGUUCCCAGAUAGAGCCCUGGAAACUACAGUGGAAGCCUAUCCCUCACUGGACAAGGCCAGACUUAAAACAGAACUGUCCCUGAUCUAUGACAAUGAGGAGUUCCAGAAUUGCAGUGGUGCGCUGGCUCUUUACCAGGUUUUGAUGGCAAAUAACCUUCAGGACACUUUCGCCGAAACUGUAAGUCUUUUAAACAUCCUCAUCACCACACCCAUGACAACAGCGGAAUCAGAGAGGUGCUUCUCUACAUUAAACAGGAUAAAAACCUUCCUCAGGAAUACCAUGGCACAAGACAGGCUUAAUGCUCUAGCAAUGCUCUCCAUUGAAAAGAAGAUGGCACGUGGCAUUCAUGAUUUCAAUUCCAGGGUGAUUGAAAAAUUCGCUUCUCAGAAGGACAGAAGAGCAAAAUUCUUAUACAAAUAGGGACUUGCACCAUUUUUUGUGUCUAGAUGUGUGCAGCUGUGAAUGCAGAUACUGUAUUUGUUCAUAAUGUAAGAUCCAUGUACAUUCA